UCAUAUAGGCGGCGUACUUGGUACCGUUUAUGAACAUAUUGUUAGAACAAGGUGUUUCUGGUGCAUCCCCGCCAUGGUUCAAAAGCCAGAAGUUGUAAUUGUCGCACGCACUCGUGAAUUUUCGAUUCAAAUUCACCGCGGGGCGUGUAAAUUCUCCUACAAUUCGGUUUUAAAAUCUGUCAUAUAUCAAGGAACUGUCACGAGCCAUCAUCGGUCAAAUCUUCAAGCUGGGUGCAAUACUCUUGUCGCGACCGCGGGGCGACUCGAGGAUUUUCUCAAUUAGUGUCACGUCAGGUAAUCUAUGGUAACACAGAUUCCGUAAUGGUGAAAUUCGGUGUACCCACGGUGGCCGAAGCCAUGGAAUUAGGCCGAGAAGCUGCCGCAUUUGUGUCGGCAAAAUUUGUCAAACCCAUUAAUUUGGAAUUCGAAAAAGUCUAUUACCCCUAUUUAUUGAUCAACGAAAAGAGGUAUCCAGGAUUGUAUUGGACCAAACCUGAAAAGUUUGACAAAAUGGAUUGUAAGGGUUUAGAAACUGUUCGUCGUGAUAAUUGUCAACUCGUUGCCAAUCUUAUCAAUAGCUGGUCUGCAGAAAAGUUUGAUUGAUCGGUAAACAAAAA